CCACUCGCCGAGCGCAUGCGUCCAUCGCGCCUCGACGACCUGCUCGGGCAGGGCGAGGCGCUUGACGCGGUGCUGCGGCAGUCGCUCUGCGAGGACCGGCUCCCCUCGCUGCUGCUCUGGGGCCCGCCUGGUUGCGGCAAGACCUCGUUCGCCGCCUGCGUUGCCGCCUCGACGCAGCGUCUCUUCCGCAGCCUCUCGGCCGCCAAGUGUGGCGUGAGCGAGCUGAGGGAGGAGCUCAGCCGCGCUGCCAAUGCGUUGCGCCUGCGCGGUGUGGGCACGAUCCUCUUUGUGGACGAGAUUCACCGCUGGAGCAAGGCGCAGCAAGACGCUCUCCUCAUGGACGUGGAGAAGGGCACCGUCACUCUGGUCGGUGCCACCACCGAGAAUCCCUCCUUCUCCGUCAACAACGCCAUCCUCAGCCGCUGCCGCCUCGUCCUCUUCCGCAAGGUCGACGACGACGCACUCUCCGCCGUCCUCGACCGGGCAAUCGCCGCCGACGCCGCGCUCCAAGGCGCCGCCCUCAGCCCCGCGGCGCGGCGUGCGCUAGUCGCCGCCGCCGACGGCGACGCGAGAGUUCUGCUCAACACGCUCGAGCUCGCCGCCGCCGCAUCCCGUGGCGGAGCCGGCGCGGGCGGAGCUGGCGCGGGCGGCGCUGGCGACGGAGAUGGCACUGCUUGGGCGGUGCACGAGGAUGCUGUGCUGGCCGCCGUGCAGCGACGAGCAACCUACUACGACCGCAAUGGCGACUUCCACUACGACUUGAUCAGCGCGCUGCACAAGUCUCUGCGGGGAGGGGACGCCGACGGCGCGCUCUACUACUGCUGCCGCAUGCUCGAGGGAGGCGAGGAGCCGCGCUACCUCACUCGCCGGCUGAUCCGCUUCGCGUCGGAGGACGUCGGCCUCUCAGACCCGCUCGCGCUGCAGCAGGCGGUCGCCGCCGAUGCCGCCGUGCACGCGAUCGGUAUGCCCGAGUGCGGCGUGUGCAUCGCUCAGUGCGCCGUCUACCUCGCGCUCGCGCCCAAGUCCGUCGCAGUGUACCGCGCGUACAACGCGGCGAUGAAGUCGGCGGCGGACGAGCCGCGAUGCCCAGUGCCGAUGCACAUUCGCAACGCGCCUACUAAACUGAUGAGGGAGGUUGGAUGCGGGAAGGGCUACCAGUACAACCCG